CCGACUGCUCUCCUUCUCACAUCAGCGGCAAGUUUAGAGUUCCCGCUCGCCACCUCGUCGCAUCACGCGUUCAUGCCCCGCCACCCCCGGCAAUGGCAACCGCAACGGUGACUUCCCCGUCGGAUCCCUUCACGUUCCACGGCCCCGUCGCUGCGCUGGCGGUUCCGGCUCAGGCCGACGUCGACGAGUUCGAGUUCCACGUCGUCCCAGCCGCCGCGGUAGCGCUCUCGGCUGCCGACGAGCUCUUCUCCGGCGGGAAGCUCGUGCCCUUACGCCGACCCGCGCCAGCGUCUGCUCCUUGCUCCCCUCCGCCGCCGCGCCUGGAGGUGGAGCCCGCGUCUGAACCGACGUCCCCUCGCGCCCCGCGAUGCGCUGGGCGCCGGUGGCGCGACCUCCUCCUCCUCCUCGUGUCCAGCUACAGGAGGAAACCCAAGGCUGCCAGCGGCGGCGACGCCAGCAGGUGCGCAGCGGACCGGUGUCUGAAGGCGCGGCGACGGGCGACGCAUUUCCGGCCGCUCCUCUCGCGGGACUCCUCGUCGUCCUCGUCGGCGUCCUCUGUCGACUCGGGCAAGAGCGCGCGCCGCCCGCCGCCGUCGUGUUCCCCGCUGCGGACGCGGUCGGCGCCCGUGGCGAACCUCCUCCACCUCAUGUCCAGGACAAGAUCUACGGGGGGCGACAAGGUCGGCGCCGCCGCGGACGCGCCGAAGCGGCAGGAACCGGCGGGCGCGCGCCUGCUCCCGACCCGUGCCUCGUCGUCGUCCUCGUCCUCGGCGGGCUCUUGCAGGAACCCUCGCGCGGGGGCGGGGGCGGGGCCGUGGCCCCCGCAGCGCGGGCCCUCUCGCCCGUCCCGGCCCGCGGCGGCGGCGGAGAGCCCGCGCGUGAGCGCGUCCGGGCGCGUGGUGUUCCGCGGGCUGGAGCGCUGCGCGAGCACGCCGGCGUCGGCGGGCGUCGGGCCGCGACGGCCGAGGGGCAUGGAGCGGUCCUACUCGGCCAACGUGCGCGUGGAUCCGGUGAUCAGCGUCUUCGGCUUCGGGCACCUGUUCAUGCCGUCGUCGCCGGCCAAGGAGAGGAAGGCCGACAGGGAGAGGGACGUCGUCGGUGGCCGCAGGAACAACAGGCCGGAGAAGCUGGCCAUGGUGCUCAUGAGAGAUCCACAGGAUUAGGCAGCGGCCACGCUGGCAAUAAUGCAUCGGAUUCCCCUUGUCUCGAAUUUUUUUUUUCUUGCUUCUUUUUUUCUUUCGAUCGUUGUAAUAUAGCGCCAGUUUUUAGGAUGCGAACAAAGAAAUUCCAGAGAAACUUUACC